AUGCAGCGUGGCCACGCGGGCGGCGCCCCGCACUCGCAGGCUUCCGCCCCCGCACAGCCGCACUACCGCUCGCACUACGCCGACAUCGAUGAUCAGAUACCUGCAUCAGUCAUCAGUAGCGUGGGGACAGUGAGCCUGUCUCAAUCAUCUACUAAUCCUACACCCAACAUAACCAUGGCUAAUCCAACAAACCCUGGUACCGCAAGCAGCGGUAACGUCCAGCCGCCGCCUCAGCAGACUCCUACUCAGGCUCCCGUGCGCACCUUACCCAAAAAGCGCAAAUUUGAUCCUUCCGUACUAGAAGAAAUACAACAAAGUUGCCCCAACAACAAUACAGUCAAUGCACCGUUGCCGAUGGAAUAUCAGCUCCCAACCUACCAACCGCCUGUGUUGCAACCUUCGCCUAUAGUGCAGCAUCAGUCUCCAUUAUCAGAACUGAAGAAUUAUUCUAUCUCAUACCCAAAUAUUGAUCUCUCUGAAUGGCGGGACCACAGAGUAUUGGCGAAACAACGCGGCGUGUACCUGCCAGGAGUUAUUCGACAGGGAGAAGGUUGUAAAGUGUUAGUGGAAUUCGAUGGACUCGAAAAUGAGUCUGUAGAAUACAGUGAUGUGUUCGAUGGAAACAAGAAUGACGUGAUAAGUGACGCGAGUCCCCAAAUGAGCCAUCUGGUCAUGGGAUCGCCUUGUGUAGUGAGGACUACGGACCAAAGCCGGGAGAAUGUGCAAAAUGUUUUUGUUGAAGGAAUCGUGUAUGAGGUGCUUAAUUCCCCAAUUAGAAUACGAGUUAAGGUAACAGACGGUGAAUUGUGCAAGGAGAUAGUUGAAGUUAAGCGCGCCGACAUCAGGCUGCUUCAGCCUCCUUGGGCUGACGAGCUAGAAGAGGCGGGUACACAUGCCGCAUCUACAUUGCAUCCGGGCCAUCUCCGUAUGCAUCAUGUGCCUACUCAGAUGUGCGGCGAAAUCUUCUACACCUCUUCACCAAUGCCUGGCGCAGGUGCUGGUGGCGUAGUGACCGUGGGGGCGUUGUCCAACGGCUCCAUGGAUUAUGGAGAAAGCGACGAUGAACUCAGGCGCGAGGACAUCAUGUUCCCAGCCGAUGUCUCGCACAUGGGUAAUUACACCAUGGACACUUGCGGCAACAGUAAGCGCAGCAGUUUACAGAGUCGUGGCAGCACCUCUAGUCUGCUCGAGAGAAGUCUCACACCCAGAUCUCAACCACCUACCCCAAGAUCUCAAGCGGCUACACCGCACAAGUACAAGAAGGGUGAUGUGGUAUCUACUCCCACUGGCAUUAGGAAGAAGUUCAACGGGAAGCAGUGGCGUCGUCUCUGCUCUAAGGAUGGGUGUACUAAGGAGAGUCAGCGAAGAGGAUUUUGUUCUAGGCACUUGUCUCUUAAAGGCGUUACUCGGUCCUCGAAUACACCACUAGCUCAAGGAUCUGCACAUACACCACAACAGAGGAGUAGCAGUAAGUCUCUAUCUUCGAGUGGGACAGGCGUUGAGGGUGAUGAGACUUCGCGAGAGUCAGAUACAACCCCGCCACACUAUCGUGUCAGGGGUCAGUUCGAUCCCGACGAGACUGAAGCUGCCAAUAUGUUGGUGUCUCUGGGUAGUUCUCGAUCAGGCAGCCCAGGAGCAUCGCCUGUAGGCGGUGGUGGUGCGUCUCCAGGUCUGGGCAAUAAUCUAUUUCAACCUAUCUCUUCGCCGCAGCCUCAGCAUCACCCAGCCCUGUUUGCUCACCAUCAUCUAAUCAGGCCUGAGUUGGUUCGACCCAGUAGAGUCAGCACGCCUGUGAACAGUGUUGCCACCAGUGUCAUUCGGGUUUCUCCAGGACCUAAUUAUCAUUACCAGGUUGAUACAAACAGAAACGGCCAAUCAAUAGUUCAAACGAACAACGUGUCUCAACCGAACGUCAUCGGUGUGCAAACAUCGGGAUUCAAUCUCAACACUAUCCAUACAAGCGUCAACGCUCCAACCACUACACUUUCCAGCUUAACAUCUUCGAAUAUCUCCCUCAAUUUGAACAACCUGUCUCAGAACAUACAAACGAGCGUCGCCAAUAACAUUCGCAACACUAAUGAUCUCGCACACAACUUAGUGAUUCCCCGAAACAUACCAACCUCAAAUGGCAUCGAUAUCGAACAUCUGUACCGGCCACCCAUCCACCAACGCAACGGUAUCCACGAACCUUACCGUCGCGACAUGGACAUGUCCCCUCCCCUCAAUAAUCAUGAAAAUUUUCUGAAUAGAAGAGUCUCGGAGUAUGAUGAUGACGAUCAUACGAUUUCUCAAAGAGAGAACAAUACGAUAAGAAACGUAAUAGAUGCUCGACCCCCAGAACUAUCCGAGACUCGUGUAAUAGAAGACAAUAAGAGGAUCUUAAAACCAGCGGCGGCUAGAUUGUUCCCCGCAGAUUUAAACGAUAUCAAGGACCAAGGAAAACGCAUUUUUGUAACCAUGUUGCAGAAUACGUCAGACAAGAAGUACUUUCUUAUAAAGAAUGAACCUUCGGAGCCUGUACAAGUUAGUAUAGAGUCGCGCGUGAAUCACUUGACUCAACAGAUGAACAACAAUGAUCCCGAGCCGGAACACCGGUCUUUAGAUAAUGGCGAUCAUGUAAAUAACGUCAACAGCAGCGCAGUGAUAGUACACCCCAACCAGUUACUACCAGUUCUGCCCCCGCCUACGUCACACACGAUUAUCGUGUCAGGCAACACGUUUCCGUGGCAAUCGUUGGUGCCGCUGCUGAGCGGGUCGCCGCCGCCCGCGCCCAGCGCCGCGCCGGCCGCGCCCGCCUCCCCGCGCACCCCGCGCACGCCGCGCACGCCCCACACGCCGCACACGCCCCACACGCCUCACACGCCCCACACGCCGGCUCCUAGCAUCAAGACCGAGGACCAGAUCAAGACGGAGGCAGCCGAUGCACCUAUGUGUACGGAUGAAGAUGAUGAAGUAUUCGAAUGUGAGGAUACGCCUCCGGCGUGCGAUGACUCCAGCAAACGCCCUUCCCAAAACAAUCAAAAUCUUAAUUCACCCGCUAGUACGACGGAAAAGAAGGGGAGCCGUAUUAGACGUCCAAUGAACGCGUUCAUGAUAUUCUCCAAGCGUCACCGACAGGUGGUACAUCAGUUGCAUCCGAAUCAAGACAACCGCACCGUCAGCAAAAUACUUGGUGAAUGGUGGUACUCGCUGAAGCCAGAGGAGAAACAAAAGUAUAAUGAACUUGCCUCUGAGGUGAAGGAGGCUCAUUUUAAAGCCCACCCAGAGUGGAAAUGGUGUAACAAGGAUCGUAGGAAGUCUUCCAGUAGUAAGGAUCCGACUGGAUCAAUGCCACAGAGUCCACGAACACCUUUAGAUGUGCCAAACGGUGGAACGAUAACCACCAACUCGGACUUGCCAGUACCAGUGGUCUCAUACAACCAUGUUGGAUCGCCACAACUUAGUGAUGAUGAACAGAUGCCAUCUCAGCCUGUAGAGGAGCCUACUGUAUCAGCAAGUAUAGAGAUCGACUUGAAAUGUGGCGAGAAAGUCACCGAUUCCGAUUCGGAAGGACUUGAUACCCGUGAUUACCUACCAUCGCACCACGAUCACACUAGACGUCCUAAACCUAUUAAAGCCAGGGCUGGAUCCUCAGACAAUCUACUGGGCGGUAUCACAGCCUCUAGUCCCGGAGGUCCUAAAGGUUUUCAACCGACUGGAGGUGCUUUUAAAUCUACUCAUGCUGAUACGGGAGAUAGCCACAGACAGUGGGGUUUCAGCCACGUGAACAAGCCGGUGCUAUCCCACCAAGUGGCGAGCUCGCCGCACACGAGCUCGUCGACGGUGAGCUUGUCUCACAGCGUGCAGGGCAUCUCGCUCAGCACGCCCAACAUGUCGACGCAGGCCGCGCUCGACAACGCCAUCGCGUCCAUCAUGCACUCGCCGACGCCCACGUGCGGAGUGCAGGUCAUCUCCAGCGGCGUGGCGCAGCACCACGCACCGCCCCCCUCCACACACACCACCUACGCCACUCACACCACCCACGCCACCCACGCCACCCACGCCACAGCCGCGCUCAGCAGCGCCGUGCUCAAGGGCCUAACCUUCGUUAAGAAGAAUAUCAACGAUAAUUCACCGUGUCCCUUGACGUUAUCGUUGGACGCAUCUGGCAACUUGCUAAUCAAGCCCAGCCAGGUGGCCGAGAGUCCAGGCAGUGACUCCAUGCAUUGUGUUCAUGUCCAGAGACUAACGUAUGUGCCAACUUAUAACACAGAUGUAGAGACCAGUAAGCCUCACAUUCAGAGCCAGCAAGGAGCCCAGUCUGUAAUAGUAUCUCAAAGUAACAGUAACGCCUUACCUAAACCUGUUCCCAAUCAAUGGGAGACUCCUGUGGAAGAAACUCGACCAUUCCCGUUGGCACCUACUCCUGCACAACUUGGAAGGGCACCACUACAGAAACGCUUAAGUCGAGGUACAUCAACUGGUUCGACAGGUAGCAACGAACCUGCAACGUCUAUGGCCUCUGGACACGUUAAUAACGGUCCUAGAACUGACAUACCUACUAGUGGCAGCAACAGCAUCGAUGUUACAAGCCCUCGGUUUGAGGUGGGCUCGCCGAAAUCCCAGGCGGAUCUCCCCAGUCCCUCACACAAAAAGAGUCUGUUUAAGAAAGGCAACGAAGAUGGGCGUGAUAAGGUUUUAGAGACAGUGAAUUUUGAAAAGAAGUUUAGCACUUUGCCACAGUUUAAACCUGAAGCGUGCAGCCCUACUAUGGUGGUGCCAAGGAGCCCACAGCUUUAUAUGAGGAAAAAACUUAAUAAGAUUGGCAUGGAAGAAGACGGCACUGUAGUCACUCCCCAGUUAGAAUCAGAAGUGAUAAACGGCAACGGCAUGCCCACCCCACACUCGUAUGGCACCCCACACACAACAACCACGAACAAGCUGGUCGGCAACACCUUCUUCGGACCAGACUUUAACCUCGACUCGUAUAGAGGUGAGAUAAGAGUGUCGGAGGGCAUGGAGGAGAUGUCCCCGCGCACGCCGUGCUCGGCGAGCGGCGCGGCGGCGGGGGGCGGCGGCGCGCGGGGCGAGGCGGGCCACCGCCGCGUGCUGGAGCAGCGCCGCCACCUCGUGCUCAAGCUGUUCCAGGAGCACGGCAUGUUCCCCACCACGCAGGCCACCACGCACUUCCAGGCGACGCAUAUGGAUAUAUUCCCGACGAAAACGGCUUUACAACUGAAGAUACGCGAGGUGCGACAAAAAUUGAUGGCUCAAUCCAACCUGACGCCACACUCCGAAGUGAAUACCCCGACCAUAAAUUCGCCAAUCGCCUCCGCCACUUUGCAGCCGACUUCAACGGCCAGUUAG